UGCCUGUGCUGUUUUAAGGUUUCCUUCCAAAACCCGACAGGCACGGACGGUCAGACAUACUAAAGGAUUUGUUACAGAAAUGCGAUGGUUUUUAUGAACGAAGGUGGUUCUUUGCAUUCAGUGGAUUUAACUUUACACCUACAAGCACUGUGAAUUUGGAGAGAUUGUGCCAGUUGAUUCCCUGGAGGUGCCAAACGAAGCUGCCAUGUCAGUGACUGUUCAUGAGAAUCGCAAAUCCCGCACCAGCACGGGCUCCAUGAACAUCUCAUUGUUUCACAAGCCUUCACAUCCUGAUAGUGUUCUCACCCACCUGAACACAAUGAGGAAACAGUGUAUGUUCACUGAUGUCACUCUUUGGGCUGGGGAUCACUCUUUCCCAUGCCACAGGGCUGUUUUGGCAGCAUGCAGUCGGUAUUUUGAGGCAAUGUUCAGUGGAGGUCUACGUGAAAGUCUGGAUAAUGACGUCAAUUUCAGAGACAGUAUACAUCCUGAGGUCUUGGAACUUCUGCUGGACUUUGCCUAUUCUUCUCGAGUCAUCAUAAACGAGGAGAAUGCUGAGUCAUUGUUAGAGGCAGGCGACAUGUUGCAGUUUCAUGACAUCCGGGAUGCAGCAGCAGAGUUUUUAGAAAAAAACCUGCACUCCUCCAACUGCCUGGGGAUGAUGCUGUUAUCAGAUGCUCAUCAGUGUAAAAGACUAUAUGAGCUGUCUUGGAGGAUGUGUCUGUUACACUAUGAGACGGUAAGAGAAUCAGAGGAUUUCUACAGUCUGUCUAAAGAUAAACUGCUUGAGCUGAUUCUUAGUGAUGAACUGGAGAUCGAAGAUGAACAGGUUGUGUUUAAUUCUGUGAUGCGGUGGAUUCGAUAUGAUUUGGAGGGUCGACGUCACCAUUUACCAGAGCUGCUGAGGGGAAUCAGGUUGGCUCUGCUGCCAUCUGAAUGUCUGCUGGAAUCUGUAACCUGUGAAGAACUGGUUAUGGCUGACAAGAGGAGCAGGUCAAUAGUAGAAGAGGCAAUGCAGUGUAAGAAGAAAAUUCUUCAGAAUGAUGGAGUAGUAACUAGUCCCUGUGCUCGACCACGCAAGGCAGGACACACACUGCUUAUUCUGGGAGGCCAGACCUUCAUGUGUGACAAGAUAUACCAGGUCGACCACAAAGCCAAGGAGAUCAUACCUAAGGCAGACCUCCCCAGCCCCAGGAAGGAGUUUAGUGCCUGUGCCAUCGGCUGUAAGGUUUACGUGACGGGAGGACGGGGAUCAGAGAAUGGAGUGUCUAAAGAUGUCUGGAUCUAUGACACUGUCCAUGAAGAGUGGUCUAAAGGAGCACCCAUGCUGAUAGCCAGGUUUGGCCAUGGUUCCGCUGAGUUGCAGAAUAGUCUUUAUGUUGUUGGAGGUCAUACAGCCAUUGCUGGAGUUUUCCCUGCUUCGCCAUCUGUCUCCCUUAAACAGGUGGAGCGGUAUGACCCUUUCAGUAAUAAAUGGACUAUGAUGGCUCCUCUAAGAGAUGGGGUCAGUAAUGCAGCUGUCGUCAGUGCCAAACUCAAACUCUUUGUUUUUGGAGGGACCAGCAUACACAGAGACAAGGCAUCCAAGGUCCAGUGCUACGACCCUGUGGGUAACCGCUGGAAUGUUGCAGCUGAAUGCCCCCAACCUUGGCGGUACACAGCAGCUGCUGUCUUAGGGAGUCAAAUCUUCAUCAUGGGUGGCGACACUGAAUUCACAGCUGCCUCUGCUUAUCGCUUUGACUGUGAUACCAAUCAAUGGACUCGAGUGGGCGACAUGACAUCCAAAAGGAUGAGCUGCCAUGCUGUGGCCUCAGGAAAUAAGCUUUAUGUUGUUGGGGGUUAUUUUGGGACACAGCGGUGUAAAACACUGGACUGUUACGACCCCACAUCAGAUAGCUGGAACUCCAUCACUACUGUGCCUUAUUCACUGAUCCCCACAGCCUUUGUCAGUACAUGGAAACACCUGCCUGCCUAACUGGGACAUCAGGAGCCAGCCAUGCCAGGUGCUGAUUUCCAUUGAGAAAGAAAAGCUAGGUGGAUGAGAAUCUCUGAAGCUCCACAGUGCAGUUAGCAGCUGGCUGAGGCUGGAGCUCCACAGGACAAGUAUUUAAAGAAACAAGCUGCACCUUGUGUGACGUAGUAAACAAUCCGACAGCAGGACACCCAGGUCCAGACAGCCGUAAAGAGAAAAGUGAACCUGAUGGACAGAUCCUUUUGUUGACUGCUCACACAAACAUGCAAGUGUUUUAUUUGUAUAUUUUUCUGAAGUCAUGCUUCUUUAAUGUCUUACUAGUCAUGAAAUUCGCUAUUAAAUCAUUCCAGUGUAAAGACACUAGCUGUAAUUGCUACCCGUUGACAUUAACAUACUGAAGUGGUUUCCAUCAAAAAUUAUGGAUUUACUCUGUGAAACUACACACAGUUCUUAUUUCAGGCUGCACUUUACACACUAACUAUAUUUACUAGUAAUACUAGCACAUCUACACUGCAUUGUUUUGAAUUGAGGUUGACCAUCAUGAGAGAAUUUAAACUGCAGUCUCUUUAUCAUCUACAUUAAGAAAAGUGAUUCAUGAAGUCAUUUUUCUUUUAUUUUACAUUUACUGAUGCAUAUCAAUAGGUAGCCAUUAGUUCAGUCUAAAAAAUUACUGAAAUUGUAAAAAUAAAAAUUAUGUUUUUAAUGUGUCACUAAAACAGUUUGUUCUCAGAGGAAUACAUAUGGAGCUUGAAAAACACCAGUCAAAAAUGUUAGCAAUCAGAGAAUGAGACCCUCCAAUGAAAAAGUUAAGCAAGUUUUCAACUCAUGCUACUAGUGCAAAUUUGCCUUCAAUCCAGUCUCUUCUUUAUACCCUGCCUUCUUUGUACAUUCAUGAAAUAAAGUAUGUUUCUCCUCCAGUCAACAAGGAUUAAGAGAGACUAAUUACAGUCGUCUAACUUUAAAAAUGAGAGUGGAGAUAGAACUACUUCUUAACCGCAAAAGUUUAAAUGAGUGUACUGUGAGCUCUGCUCUUGCUGGCAAACUGCUCAGCGCCAAAUCUGGUCCUCUAUCCAGAAACCAACACCUCUCUGCUGCUGAGUUUCAGCUUCACUUUUCCUGCUCUUCUUGGUCCCUCCUGGAUACCCUCCCUUCUGCAAAGCCCUGUGAAAUGUGCCAUUUUUUUUGCUUAUAAUAUUUUCAACUCUCCCAAAUACCCUUUGCAGCGACUUUGUAUAUUAUCAUGCCACAAGAAAAGUCACUUCAUGUUUGGUGUGAAGGCAAGGGAUUAUUUUCACUGGACAUUAAGUUCGGAGUGUUUGAAAUAUGUUGGAACAGAUUUUUCCAGUAAAAAAAAAAAAUUAAAGUUAA